UUUCUAACGAUGUGGCUGCUGCUUGUGUAGUUCUUGCCACCUGUGGCAGCACUUCUAUUCCCUCUACGCCACAGAGAGCAGGAGAGAAAAAAAAAAAGCAAAAGCAGAGAGAGGAGAAUAUCUUUCAUGAUAAGUGGACUUCUGACAAAAAGAGAACCUUACUGCACUUCACACAAAUGAAAGAUUCUUAAAACCAGCACUAUGCCUGGACUGAUAAACAAGGAGACGCGGUGCGCUCUGCCGCUCAGUGUUUCUGACAUCACUUCCUGCGUCAGAGGCUACACCCUGGCACUGACCGCCUCCAUGACCUAUGAAAACAUUGAGGAUCAUGCAAUCGAAGGGAUCUUCAUAUACCCACUGGAAGAGAAUUCCAUUGUUGUAGGGUUUGAAGCUAUGAUAUCGCGUCAAAUUAUAACCCUGCAAGUCAAAGGCAAGGCCAAACUUGAUGACUCUUAUCCGGACAGCUGUAACUCAGCUAAUGGGGUUCUGCAGAGCAGCAGUGGACUCAUUGUGAUGGAUGAGGAUUAUGAGAGGACCGUGUUAGUGGUCAACCUCGGCAGUAUCCCGUCCAUGGAGACGGUGCACAUCCUGGUCAGUACGUCCUCGGAGCUGUCCACCCAGCCCAGCGGGGGGAUCCGAGUCCUCACCCCAAGAGUGUGCACACCUCGGGUGCAGAGGACCGUCAACGAGGAGCAGGGCCUGUCCCCGAACUUCUCCAGAACGCGCACUUAUGCUUCAGGUCUUCACGAUCAGAAUCCCAACGCUCCUCCUCAGUUGUGGUUGGCCACACUGUUGGAGGAAGAGACCAUCAACUCCAUGGACUACGAGUUUAACUUCCAGCUGGAGAUCAGGGCUCCCUACCUCCUUGCAGGAGUGGAGAGCCCGUCUCAUGCCAUCCGAGCUGACGCGGACCCUCACGCCCGCUCUGCCACCAGCAUCGUCGUCACUCUGGCCGACAAGUACACGUACGACUUCCCCGUGCAGAUCAUCAUCUACCCCAGCGAGCCUCAUCUGCCACAUGUGCUGAUUGAGAACGGAGACAUGACGCAGGAGGAGUACGACGAGUACCUUCACAGCCGGAGCGAUUUCAUCAAAGCCACCAAGAAGGACUCAAGCAAUGAGAAGAAAGUGGAUAUAAUUCACAGGCGGCUGCAUAAAGACAUCCUCCACAACCCUGUGGUGAUGCUGAACUUUUGUCCUGACCUCAAAUGUAUUUGCUCAGACCUGAGGAAGGUUCACGGUGAAUAUAUUUUCCUCAUUGACCGCAGUGGCAGCAUGAGCGGAGGGAACAUAAAUCGUGUGAAGGAUGCCAUGGUGGUUAUUCUCAAGAGCCUGGUGCCCGGCUGCCUUUUCAACAUCAUCGGCUUUGGAUCCACGUUCAAGUCACUCUUCACCACCAGCCAGUGCUACGAGGAGGAAGCGCUGGCGCUGGCCUGUGAGUACGUGAGAAAGCUCCGGGCUGACAUGGGGGGCACCAACAUCCUCCCUCCGCUCACCUGGAUCCUGAGGCAGCCGGCGGUCAGCGGACACCCCCGACUGCUCUUCCUGCUCACCGACGGGGCCGUGGGCAACACGGGCCGGGUGGUGGAGCUGGUGCGCAGACACGCUCGCUACGUCAGAUGUUUUACGUUCGGCAUAGGACAGAAUGCUUGCAGGAGGCUGGUGCAGGGACUGGCAACAGUUUCCAGAGGAACAGCAGAGUAUCUGGCCGACGGAGAGAGGCUGCAGCCCAAGAUGAUAAAGUCGCUGAAGAAAACCAUGUCUCCAGUACUCAGUGACAUUUCCAUCGAAUGGCUGUUUCCUGAAACCAAAGAAGUGCUGCUCUCCCCCGUGGGCAACACCUUCCUCUUUCCAGGGGACAGUUUGAUUGGCUACAGUGUAGUUUGCGACACCACCCGUUACCACGACGACCCAAAAUCUGAUAAGAGGAGGCGAUACAGCAUGAUGCGCUCCACGGAGUCGGCCAGCUCCGUGUUCUACCACUCUCAAGAGGAGGACCCGCUGAAGACGGGGGUCUGCAGUCAGGGGAACCACAAGGACGCCAUGUCUGAAUCUCCGUACGACUCCCAGCAGGCCUCGCUGGCCGACAGCAGCCCCGUCACCAUGGAGCAAGACAUCACGGUUCUGGAUGAGACGUCACCAAGGAGGAGGGCGUACAGCACUAACCAGAUAACAGACUACAACCCAUCAAAGAAAGUGUACACCCCUAGCGACCCCAACUCUGUGGUGCAGAAGAAUCCCCUGAGAAGGAGCAAAGUCCAGGAGCUGAUCGGCCAGAUGAACCCGGAACACGAGGCUCAGUGGAGGAACGACUACCAGCCGCAGCUGGCCAGCCUGUGUGCCGCAUCUUUCAGAGGACAAUCUGCCGGCGGCCACAAGCCGCUGGCUGAGCAGGAGCCGCUGGCUCUGCAGCAGGAAGACGUCUCUGAGCUCCAGCCUCAGCCCCGGCUGCAGGACGUCCCCCCGUCCAGCGACGCCGGUCCCGGGCCUGCAGGGAGCAACCCCCCCGGGGAGGACGGAUCCAGGUCCUCCACAGACAGCCCCUCCCUGGGCAGCGUGGGUGACACAGAUGGAUAUGGACACCAGCUUUGUCAAGCAGAAACUCCACAGGAGAUCCAGCCUGAUCUGAGUUGUUCCAACCAGCACAAGGGCGACUGCAAGGCCGUGGUUUCAGGACUGCUGUGUGGUAAACCCAUGAAAUGGGAGGUCGUCUUCGACGUGGAGCCUUUUCUAAACGGCCGGGAACGUGAGGAAAAGGUUCACGAGGAGCUGUGGAACGAGACCUUCCACUACCUGGCUGGAAGCUCCAUCAUACAGGACUUUGAGCAGAUGGCGGGUAAAGAGUGUGAGAUAGAGCACGGUUCCGGCAGGAAGUACCAGUUAUAUGCUAUACACACCAGCAAAGCUUGCAAUAUUGUGAGCAAAUACACAGCAUUUGUUCCCAUUGACCUGGAUACCAAUGAGUAUUUGCCAACAAGUGUUGAAUACAUAAACCCUGUUGAAGGUCUGAAGAGGAGCUCCAGGUCUCAGUCAGGGAGCCAGAAAACCCGCGGUUACUCCAUCGGGCUGGGCCGCUCCCAGUCCGGCGGCGUGUCAGAGGAAACAGAGGAGGCCCCGCCGCCCAACAGUGGCGAUGACGCCCCCUCCCCGUGCAGCACCCCGUCCUCCGCCGGCUGGGAGCGAUGCAGCUUUGCAGAGGUCUCCCAGAGGAGUCCGUCUCUGACCUCUGACCAAUCACAGAAGUCGGUGGAGAGCCUGUUUUCUGCCAGGCUGGCCCUCAGCAGGACUCGCCUCCUCACUCGAGCCGCCAAAGGAUUCAUGUGUCGAUCUCACAGCAAGUCCGGUGAUUCAAUCGGGGAGAGUGAAAACGAGAACAAAGACUACAUUCCUCUGGUGUUGCUACAGUUGGCCAGCGGUGCGUUCCCCUUGGACUCGGCUCUGUGUGAAGCCAUCAGUGUCCCGAUGGACAAGCUGAAGUGGACGUCCCCGUUCAGCCGCCACCGCAGCAGCCUGAGCCAUCUGUCUCACUCCGGCAGCCGCCGCGCCGACAGCUCUGACGACGGCGGCAGAUCCCUGCCCGACGCCCCGGAGCCUCCUGCAGGCGUGCACGGCCCUGCCCCGGCACCCAGCAGCGCCUGGGUGGAUGCCGGCCCCGCCUCAUUAGCCGAGCCCCCGCCCUUCUCCCCACACGCCCUCGCAGACGGCGGCCGGAGCUCCAGCUCAGGGAGCUCGGAGACGGCGUCGCCCGGCGGCGCGUCCAGGAGGACGCUGGAUCUGGAGAGCAUGGUGUGGGCCACGGCCGUCGCCCUGGCCUGGCUGGAGCACAGCUCCGCCAGCUACUUCAUCGAGUGGGAACUGGUGGCUGCCAAAGCCAGCAUGUGGCUGAGCGCGCAGAACAUCCCGGAGCGGAAAGACUUAGCCUCCAUCAAGGCCGCGGCCAAUCAGCUCUUCAUCAUCCUCCGGCACUGGGAUGAGAACCUGCAGCUGAACAUGCUCUGUUACAACCCCAACAGUGUCUAAGGCCUUUCACUCCAGACUGAUGCAGACUGAAGGCCAACUUGCAUGAGUCCUUCUGCAUGACCACACGUGCUGAUGAAAAAAGAACAACUUUUGAUGACCAAAUUACCACAUUGGAGCCAGUGAUGCAGUAUUGUCCUCUCUGAACUGCGAAAUACGACGUGUAUGUCAUAUAGUAAUAUUUUGUGCUGUGAUUGCAAUAGUAUGCGCAGCUGUAACGGUUAAAAGUGGUAUUUUUUAUGUGAUGGGUCAGUUGUAUUGUGUAGUAUCUUACAAG